AUGCCCCCUAAGAAGAACACGUCCAAGUCGGUCGAGGCUUCGGCGGAGACGGUAAAGAGAAGUACUCGAGUACGUACCAGCACCAGACAGGCUCUUGUGACGAAGACCGAACAGCCAUUGAAAGAAUCUACGAAGCCUGCAAAGUCAGCUCCAAAGUCAGCUCCAAAGUCAACCCCAAAGCCAGAUGCAAAGCCGGCCGCAAAGUCCACCAAGAAGUCCACCAAGAAGCCAACUGCAACCUCUACCAAGUCAACUGAGAAGCCAAGUAAAAUGACAACAUCUACCAAGUCGACCUCUACUACGAAGAAGCGCAAAGCUGAUGAGGAUGAGGAGAAACCUCGCGAAAUCAAAAGAUCUCGUAUCGCGCAACCUCGUCAGCCAAAGCCAAAGGCCAAAGUUGUCAUCAAUGAGGCCCCGAAGACCAAGCUGAAUGUAUUUGUCUGUGGUGAGGGUAGCUCUGGUGAGCUAGGUUUGGGCACAGCCAAGAAUGUUAUCGAUGUGAAGCGCCCACGUUUGAACAAGCUUCUGUCUGCCGAAGAGGUCGGAGUUGUACAGGUUGCUGUCGGUGGCAUGCACUGUCUGGCUCUAACCCAUGACAACAAAAUAUUCUCCUGGGGCGUGAAUGACCAGGGUGCGCUCGGAAGAGAAACCGAAUGGGACGGUGGAUACAAGGACAUUGAAAAUGACAGCGAUUCCGAUUCAGAUGAUGAAGACAGCGGAUUGAACCCCCGGGAGUCUAUUCCCACUGCUAUCCCUGCCACCGCUUUCCCCGAAGGCACUGUCUUCGUUGAAGUCGCCGCCGCCGAUAGCGCAAGCUUUGCCCUGACCGAUGAUGGUCUGGUCUAUGGCUGGGGCACUUUCAGAAGCAACGAUGGAAUCCUCGGAUUUGACGCGUCUUCUCACGUUCAAACGACCCCAACUUUGAUCUCGUCUUUGAAGAAGAUCACACACCUGACUUGUGGAGCCAAUCACGUUCUUGCCCUGAACGACCAAGGUCGCGUCUUCUCGUGGGGCUCAGGACAACAGAAUCAGCUCGGUCGCCGGAUCGUGGAGCGCAACAGGUUGAAUGGUCUUCAGCCUCGAGAGUUCGGUCUUCCCAAGAACAUUGUCCACAUCGGGAGUGGUUCGUACCACUCAUUUGCUGUUCACACCACUGGCAACGUCUAUGCCUGGGGAUUGAAUAGCUUCGGUGCAACGGCCCUCCGCGAGGGUGCCGGUGACGACGAAGCUGCUAUCGUACAUCCCACCCUUGUCGAAUCACUUUCUAACAGAGAUAUUUCCCAAAUCUGCGGUGGCGCUCAUCACUCGGUUGCCAUUGCUGGUGAUGGUGAAUGCUUGGUUUGGGGUCGUCUCGACGGUUUCCAGAGCGGCCUGAAGAUCGAUACACUUUCCGAUGACGCCGUCAUCAAGGAUGAGCGUGAUCGCCCCCGCAUCCUGAUCGCACCAACUCCCGUCCCUGGCAUCAAGGCCAAGGUUGUGGCGGCUGCCUCGGAUCAUUCUCUCGCUAUCGAUGCCGAUGGCCGUGCAUGGUCAUGGGGUUUCUCGGCUACAUACCAAACUGGACAAGGUACACAGGAUGACAUCGAGGUAGCUACUGUUAUCGACAACACUGCUACUCGUGGAAAGAAAUUGAACUGGGCGGGUGCUGGCGGUCAGUUCUCUGUGUUCACAGAGCCUGCCAGCGUGUGA